CCGGUUUGCACGUGACGAGGCCUAGAGCCGUCCAAUUGAAUCCGUGUCUUUUGGACGCCGACGCCGCGACGACUGGUGAGCUGUCCUGAAGCAGCGAAGUGCCCUUCCAAACUCCCGCCUUCCCCGACCGCAACUCCGUACCGGUUCGCACGAUGCAACUACCGCUCUUCUCGUGCGGCCUCUGGGCCUUUUUGGCCGUACAGGCGACGGCGACGGCCUUGACAUACAAGAUCGGCGCCAACGAAGAAGCCUGCUUUUACUCUGCAACCCAACACAAGGACGAGAAGAUCGCGUUCUAUUUUGCCGUGCAAUCAGGUGGCUCGUUCGACAUCAACUAUAAGGUAACGGGGCCGAACGGGAAGCCCAUCAUGGAAGGCGAGAAGGAACGGCAGGGCGACUUUGUGUUCACGGCGAAGGAUGUCGGUGAAUACAAGUUUUGCUUCAACAACGAGAUGAGCACCUACACGGAGAAGUUUGUCGAUUUCGAGAUUUCGGUCGAGAACGAGGCCCGCGUGAGCCUGCCCGCGAAGCCAGGUGCCUCCCCAGAGCAGACCAGCUCCCUCGAGGAGUCGCUCUUCAAGAUUUCGGGCCAGCUGUCGACCAUCACCCGCAACCAGAAGUACUUCCGGACCCGCGAGAACCGCAACUUCAGCACCGUUCGGAGCACGGAAAGCAGGAUCAUCAACUUCAGCUUGAUCCAGAUCGCGUUGAUCGUUUGCAUGGGCGCUCUGCAAGUCUUCAUCGUUCGGUUCUUCUUCCAGGGCGCAAGGAAGGGCUAUGUAUAAAGCGGCAGUUCUGGAUGUUAUGAUAUGGGCUCAUUGGUUUGGCUGGGCGUAAUUCUGCGAGCUGGGCAUGUCUUGCAUGAAGAGUCGGAUGUAUCAUUUCGAAUGGCUCACGGUAUUACGAGGGAUGGCCGGGUAAUGUGCUCUUCUUUCCGGCGUGAGGAUUGGUUCCGAAAACGGGCGCUAGACUUGAUGAAAAUGCUUUCCGGCGACAACGAAUGGCUUCGCAGUGACAAUGUCCUACUAGUGCAAAUCCUAAAAGGAGCAGCGGCUUCUCCCCA